GACAUCCCAUGAUGCUCUGCUCUCUUUACUCUCCAUGUAGAAAUACUUGAUGUUGUUGUCAACAAGAGAGAAUGCCAAAUUUGUGUUUCUCAGCAGGUAUCCCUGGCUUAUAGAGUUAUGCUUCUUGUUGACCCCUCUUCCCUGUCCUCUUCAUCCCCAACCAGACCAGGAAGAUGGCUGUCCUUCCUGGUUCUGGUCCUGAUGGAGGUCUUCCUCUCCACUGUCUCCUCACGCAGUUCAGAAUGGAGGAUUUAAUCAACGAGAAGAGUUGAUACAAUCCAUAGAUUUCCAUAGCAAGAUGGAGGUGUACACUGUAACAGUGGCGACUGGAACAUCGGAGUAUUCAGGCACCAGCAACUACAUCUUUGUGACGCUGGUUGGAGAGGAUGGGGAAAGUGAGCGCACCCUGCUGGACAACCCUGGACUGGAUUUCUGUAGAGGAGCAGUGGAUCAGUACAAGGUGACCAGCUCUAAACCAUUAGGGUCAUUGUUACUGGUCAGACUGGAGAAAGAGAAGUACUGGGUUGAAGACAACUGGUUCUGUCGCUAUGUGACAGUGGAGGCUCCAUGUGGAGACAAAGUUCUGAUUUUCCCUUGUUACCGCUGGCUUAUAGGAAACAGCAAGGUGGAGAUCAGAGAGGGCACAGCAAAGACAGUGAUGAAGGACUCAUCCCCUCAGCUGCUGAUACACAGGAAGAUGGAGCUGCAGGACAGGCAGAGGACAUACAGAUGGGUGACUUGGGCUCCAGGGAUUCCCCGAUGUAUCGAUGCCAAAACAGAAGCCGAUUUACAUCAAGAUGUUCGUUUUGACAAUGAGAAGAGGAGUGAUUUUGAACAUUCUUUGCACUAUGCCUUGCUGGAGCUGUCUCUGAAGAAAUUUGCCAUCACAUUUGGGAAAUCCUGGAAUGAUCUGAAUGAUUUCAAACGGAUCUUCUGGAAGCUGAGAAGCCCCAUAGCCGAAUACUGCAUGGAGCACUGGGAGGAGGACUGGUUCUUUGGUUACCAGUGCCUGAACGGCUCCAACCCGAGGAUGAUCCAGAGAUGCAAGAAGCUGCCAGAGAACUUCCCGGUCACACCAGAUAUGGUGCAGAGGUCCAUGGCAGUGAGAACCACCCUGGACAAAGAACUCAAGGCAGGAAAUAUAUACUUGUUAGACUAUGCCAUCAUGGACGGGAUUCCCACCAACACUAUCAAGGGUAAACCCCAGUACGUUGCUGCUCCACUGUGUCUCCUGUACCAGCACCCAGACAAUGGACUCAUACCUAUCGCCAUACAGCUCGAUCAGACCCCAGGCUUGGAUGCUCCCAUAUUCCUGCCCAGUGACCCACAUCUGGCUUGGCUGCUGGCUAAGAUGUGGGUACGUCACUCUGAGUUCCAAAUUUUCCAGAUCCUGUCUCACCUGCUGAGGACUCACCUGGUGGUAGAGGUGAUGUCUGUCGCUACUCUGAGACAGCUGCCUGCUGUACAUCCCAUUUAUAAGCUGCUGUAUCCUCAUCUACGGUACACACUGGAGAUCAACUGUAGGGGGCGUACUCAGCUCAUCUCUGCUAAUGGCAUAUUCAAACGGGUCGUGUCAACUGGUGGUGAAGGCCUGCUGGUUCUGGCUCAGAGGGAAUACAAGUUAUUGACCUACCGCUCCCUCCAGCCUCUCUGUGACUUCAGUGACAGAGGAGUUUCCCAGCUUCCAAACUACUUCUACAGGGAACACAGUCUGAUGCUGUGGGAAGCCAUUUACAGUUAUGUCUCGGACAUGGUGAACCUGCAUUAUCAGACUGACCAGGAUGUGCAGGAGGACCCGGAGCUCCAGGCCUGGAUCGAAGACAUAUCCCUGGAAGGCUUUACAGAGCUUCCCAGUUUUGGUUUGGCCAGUAAGCUCAGCAGCAGAGAGGAGAUGUGCACGUUGCUGGCCGUGACCAUCUUCACCAGCACCGCUCAGCACGCCGCCACCAACAACGGGCAGUUUGAUUGGUGUGCCUGGGUUCCCAACACCCCGUGCACCAUGAGACUCCCCCCACCGUCAGACAAGGAUGCUGUUACCAUGGAGAUGAUCAUGGCCACCCUUCCUGAUGUCAGCCAGUCCUGUGUGCAGAUGGCCAUCACCUGGCAUCUGGGCCGAGCCCAGCCUGACGCUAUUCCUUUGGGCCAGUACCCAGAGGAGCACUUCACUGAGCGGGAGGCCCAGGAGGUGAUUGACAGGUUCAGACAGAAGCUAAAGGAGAUUGAGGACCAUAUCCUGAACCAGAAUGCAGGUGUAGACCUGCAGUAUCUUUUCCUCCUGCCCAGCCGCAUUGAAAACAGCAUCACUAUAUAGAAGCAUAUCCUGGAUUUAAUUCUGGACCUCCACCCAGACCAACAGAAAACCUGACAGCUGGACUUGAGCUCAGCAGCAGUUUGUUGAUGGAAAAUGAUGUUUGAAAUUUCUGAGAUGUACCCUCCUGUUUGUUUUACUUAUACUUAUGCUUUACUUUUCUUAUAUAAUGUACUUAGUGUACUCUUUGUCA